AUGGUGGGACGUGGGUACCCAGAGUUGUGCCGGGGAGAGGGGUCGGGCCCAGGCGGGCACGAACGGGAAGUGGUGGCGCAACCGGAGCCGCCGCUAGGAGAACAUGGCGGGGGAGUGAGGAGAGCCGCCAGCAGCUCCCGGUGUUGUUACCCGGGCGCGACCCGCCCACUUCCGCCCCCGCGCCAACCGCCGUGCCCUGACGGCGCCAGCACCGCCCCUCCUCGCCGCCCCCCGCCAAUCGCGGUGGAGCGGCGGUCUCUCUGCCGUCGCUCCAGCCAAUCGGAAGCGACACAAACACUAGGGGCCACGCCUCCCUUGGAACCGCCCAAUCCGGACGGGCACGCCCCGGUCUCCGAGUCACGGGCUCGCAGUGCGCGGCGAGAGGGCGGUGCCCACCGGCCAAUCGGGAUCCGCACGGACAAAUUAGGCCACACCCACGCGGGCCGCGCAGCCAAUCGCGGGAGACGUAAACAGGCGUCGGCGCGCCCCCCGGUGGGCGGUGGCGGCGGGCGGGCAGCGUCGCUCGCCAUGGAGGAGCCAGGCCCGGCCGCCGCGCCGCCGGAGGGGCGGGGGCGGGACGAGCGGAGCCUGGAGGCGCUCAGUCUGGCUGGUGGCGGAGGGGCAGCGGCGGUGGGGCGGCAGCUGCCGGAGGGGCGGCGGGCGACGCUGGCGAGCGCCCUGGAACUGGAGGGGACGGUGCUGCGCGAGGGGCGCCUCACCCAGUUCGUAGCCAACAACCUGGAGCGGCGGAUCCGGCUGAGCGGCGCCCCGCGGGGUGAACCUCCGGCGGGGGGCGGCGGGUCCUCCAUCCCCGCCAUCGACCCCGGGGCGCUGCAGGACGUGGUGGCUCUGGCCGGGCAGGUGGCGGCGCAGGUGGACGAGCUGCUGCGGAACGUGCACUGCGGGCUGCAGGCCCUGACGGCGCUCAGCGUCGGCUGCAUCCAGACCUACCGCGACGGCGUGGAGAGCCUGGGCGAGGCGGCCGACCUCAGCAUCCGCGCCAUGUACGCACUGGUGGCGCGCUGCGAGGAGCUGGACCGCGCCAUGCAGCCCGUGCCCGCCCUGGCCAAACGCAUCCGUGACAUGAAGGGCACGCUGGAGCGGCUGGAGGGGCUCUGCAAGUAGUUGCUCCCGCCGCCGCCCCCCCUCCGGUGCCGGCAGCGGGGGCCUGGGGCUGCUGCUCUGUCGCUCCGGCGGCCCCACCGCUCACGGCGUCCGCAGCUCCCACCUGCGCAUCCUCGCUCGCUCCCCCCGUGCGUGACUUGCCGGCAUCAAUGGCCAGAUCGCCUGUGUUGAUCUGGACGAAGGGAAAUUUUUGCGACCGACGAAGGAAAAGGUCCCGGUUGAAAACCGCGGGGUAAAUGGCAGAUGGUGCUUUUUAGCUUCAGCUCCAUUAAAGAUUUUGGAUCCCACAUGCCUUACGCUUUCUAUUUAUUGAGGGCUAAGAGAAACUAACGAGUCUUAAUUAAAAGUAGCUGUUUUUUUUUUUUUAAUUGUAAAUUCAUGUGAGUAGCUUCUUGAUGCUUACCGGCAUAUGUGCUUAUUUGUAGCUGAUUUGGUGCCUGAAGAGCACCCAGUUCUCAUCUAUGCUGUUACAGCAAAUAAACUCACAGAACACCACUGUUUCUUACGGGACACAAUUUUAAGAUAAGAGUAAGUUUAAUACAUGUAGCAAAGACGCUGGUUUUCUGAGACGAAUAUAAAGUCCAUGAAAGAUAAUUGAGAUUCAGAUAAGAACAAAUCCAUAAGCAAAGUUCUAAAUAAAAGCCUUCAGAUUAAAUGUG